AUGAUUGCAAAGUGCUGUUCAGACCAAAAAGAUGUUUCUUUCAAAAUUCAGAAAUCAACUAUUCCAGGAAGUUUGCAUAUCGUUCUUAAAAUCAUCUCGAUGGAAAAUCAAGAAGGCGGAUCUUCACAACAGAAAAUCCUGACAUACUCUGUCGCAAGCGAAGAGUCGAUCUUACAGAUUGCGGCCAUUCCGUCAUUGCUCCACCAACAAACGCUGCCGUCAGCGGCGGCUACAGCCUACAGAAGUCACGCGUCAGAAAGUCAAGAUGAGCUGUCCCCCACGAAUUCAUCGCAAGCGCCGACACCGGCUGGCCCGAUCAGCGCGUUCCGCUUCUCAUCCGCAUUUUUUAACCCUGAUAUUUUACGUAAUCUAAAUAUUCAGAAGUCCUCUCCACCAAAUCAACCUACAGAAGACGUUACACCUCCACAAGCAUCGCAAUCAUCAUCGGAUACCCCUACUGAGCCCCCACCACCACAUACAGUACCAUCAACAUCAAGGCCUAUCGUCAUCCAUAUAGCGCAUCCUAUCCCUUUAGCCCUUAACAACGAACUAUUAUCAAAUUCAAAUUCUGCAGUUGUUCUAGGAGACUGGAUAGGGUGUCGUGUGUUGGCACGCGUUCCUCCAGGUGUCUAUCAAACGGGCUACGUGAAACAGUCUUCCAAUAAUCGUAAUGUUCUGGUGCAGUUAGAUGAUGGGAGAGAGGCGAGAUAUGAAAAUAUAAUCCACGAGUUUAAUUUAACACUGGUGAUUGCUGAUCAGGCUCCAACUAUUGCAGAACUUACUCAAGUUAACGCUAAUCCACUUCUGGCGGUACGAUUACCAUUGGAGAGGUCAGAAUCUCUUUACCGAACUGCUCAACUUGUAAAACCGUGUGUUGAGAAAGAUGCAAAGUAUCUGGUGAGAGUCACAGGAGCUCCUUACGCUAGUCUUGUAAGUCGAGCUAACAUCAGAUUGCUUCGACCGCCCUGGUAUGAAGACUUGAUGCAAAAAACUAGCGGUACAUCAACAAACCCUUCAUCAAAAUCAGAAAAUGGUGGACGACGGAUAUCCAGAGAGAACACUUCCUUGUUGAUGACUCUACAACAACAACGUUCACAGUACUUUCAAAAUGUACCGUCCGUCUCCUCACCAACAUCAUCAAAUCAGGUAGUAGCGUUGUCCCCACCUGCUGGAACUGUCACUAUUAUCGAUCCCACGACACAGCCAGGUUCAUCUAAUCGAGAAUCAAGCUCGAAGACUGUGUCAGUGGAUUCGGACGAAGAGAUUCCUGGAUCUUCUAAUCAGGAUCAGUCGGCUGAACCGUCACCGAACCCAGCUGCACCUCGCUCAUUAUUCGUGAAUCCGUCACAGGAUUCGGAAAUAUUUGAAGGAGAUUCUGAAGGUCAGACGACGAGCGUGUUUCAGAACAUUACAGCGCCUGUAUGUGCGACAAAAGCGAUGUUAGAUCAGCAGCGUUUCAAAAAAGGCGAAAUCGUUACGACACAGUGCGGUAUUCGAAAAAAGUUCAAUGGCAAACAGUGGCGGCGUUUGUGUUCAAAGGAAGGUUGUAAUAAGGAAUCACAACGCAGAGGAUACUGCUCACGACAUCUGUCCCUCAAAAGUAAACCACCACACGGACAUCAUCUAGAACGGGGCUCACCUGGGAACAGUAAAUCAGAUCUGUUCCACCCGGAAUCAUCAGUUUUCUUGCAAAGCCCAUCAUCUUCUCGAGUGCCUACCACCGUCAACUCAACUGCUUUUUCUGGCAAAAUCAAUCCGUUAUCAGCACCAUCCACCCUCUUAUCGGAUAAAAAUUUGCCUCCUCAUUUCUCGAUCGAACGAGCUCAACAAAUUCAGCAACAGUUGAUGCAACUCGGAAACGUCAGAUUUGAAAAUCAGUUUCAGCAGAUCCAACAACUUUUGAUGCAGCAGGUACCACCAGGUCGACGACCUGACCUCCCACCGAUGACACAAGCUAACAACGUGUUCUGUCCUCCAUUGAGCCUACCAAACACCUCAGGAUUAUUCAAUUUGAAUCCAGCUCUUCUUUCUCAACUUACCGCUCCACUUAUUCAACAACAUGCUCAAGCUCUACUUCAGCAACAUAUGACCGCACAGAAUAAUCAAGUCAACAACAAUAAUAUUAAGCAAGAAAUCAAGGAAGAAGAGCCGGACGAGGAUGACGAUGAUAUUAUUGGAAGCGACAACGUCAGUUAUUGUCAAAAGACAGAAGAGCGUUCGGACGAUGAUGAUGAUGAAAGCUCAGGAGGAGGAGGCGGCGGUCUCGCGUCAACAGGAUCCACAAAUCCAAACGGGUCUAGUUCAAAUUUUGCAAUUCACUCCGCUCCAACUGGUCAAUCCAACGUAGCAGCACCAGAAGAUCACAAUCGCACCCAGAAGAGUAACUCGCGAGAUUCAAGUGCAGAACUGACUGGUUACGACAUGUCUGAUGUUCUAUCAGUGGAGACCAACUCAGCUGGUCCACCGUCACUUCCGUCACAGCCAUCAUCAGCCUCAAUCGGCAGCAGUGUAAACUCAGCGUUCCGAUCACCAGUGAAAAUUGAGCCAAAAGAUGACUAUGAGCAGUUGCCAAUAAAAGAAAUGAUUGAAGUCAAGCGAGAGGUUUUUCUGAAGGCGAAGGAGAGACGACGUUCUAAAACUACAACAGUCAUCCCACGCGUUCGUCGCCCGAUGAAUGCGUUCAUGCUGUUCUCAAAACGUCACCGCCCGCUGGUCCACCAAGAAAACCCAAACAAGGAUAAUCGAACAGUGUCCAAAGUUUUGGGUCAAAUGUGGUACUCCUUGACGCCUGCUGAAAAAGCGGAAUAUCAUAGCCUCGCCCUUUUAAUCAAACAAGCCCACUACAAAGCCAAUCCCGACUGGAGAUGGAGUACCAAGGAGAAAAAGAAAGCCAAGUCCGAGUCACUGCACUCAACACCUAUCGCAGUUACUCCGCAAAAAAACAAGAUCUUUGAUUUUGACUUCCGCCAAUCUGAUGAUCUAGCCAAGUCCUUUGUCGAUGGCACAGCGAUGCUCAGCCCAAUGACCCCAAUGACACCUGGAGCAUCAGUGUUCAGACACUUGUCUUCUUCACGUGACCCUCUCCAGCCCGCUCCAUCAUGCUUCGACUUUGCUUCAUUGUUGAGUCCGAGUCUGUCGGCCACAUCUGCGAACACUCCCAGUUUUUCCGGAUCGCCAGCUCUAUCUUCAUUUUCAUUGGAUUUUGAGAGGUUCCGCCAAGGAACUAAUGGGAGGUACCCCAACGUCUUCAACCCGGCAAUGAUGAGUUCACUGGUCAACUCGUCAACACCGCUAUUGCCCAUGUACGGCAGUACCCCAACAGCUGACACAUCCUCAUUCUACUCGCCCACUGCGUCUGCAUUCCGCGUUCUGAAUCCCACAAUCUCCUCUCUUAUUGGUGGCUUCUCGUCAGCCGACUCUGUCACGUCUCCACUUCUGAACAUCACACCAACAAUGACGAUGAAGCUUCCUCGACACCAUCCCAAUUUUGCCAAUGAAACUCCACUGGUAGCUCCUGAUGCGGAAGUUGUCGCUGCUGCCCUACCAUCAGCUCCAUCAUCAGCUCCAGCAGCAGAGCCAGAACCCGUUCCAGCAGCUCCCGUUGAAGAGCCAGUGGCAGUUCCAACCCCAUCUCUUCUGCCAACUAUCGUCCGCCCAACUCCAAUUCCAACAGCUCAGUUUUUGGCUCCAACUACUCCAGCGUUCAUUCUCCAACCAACACCAGCCCAACUUGGAAUGAAGCGAAACAAGCGUCCUCGUCCUCUUGAGAUAGACACCGAUGAAGGUCUUUCUGCGUGGAAGAUGUUCAAACGCGACGACAAACAGAUGGACAAAGUUCUUGACGGCGUUGGGUUCACCACAAGGUUUGCGCAGCUUCCGGAAUUUACGCCAAAGAUCUACAGUGAAAUUCCGUCGUCCCCAAAUUUGCCAACUGCCGCAUUCAAGACCCCGGGAGAGGGAACUUUCUUCUUCGGAGCCAAUUUCAAUGCCGAGGCGAUUGCCAAAGGAGAAAGCCUCACACCACUCUCUGCUUCUACUCCAGUGACCCCAGCUGUCAAGUCGGUCCCAACUACUCCAAUGUUCGGCGAGAGAUCUAGCAUGAAGAAGUUGUUGGAGGAGCGCAGAAAGUUGGUUGCCGAUUUUCUCCGGGAAGAGGGACUUUUUCCAGACAAUGACGUAAUUUUCAAAUUUCAAGAAGACCACGAAGAUGUGUUCCCAAGUCGUAUGGCUUUGAUUCUCAAAAUCCGUGAAGUUCGUCAGCGCAAGAUGGCGACCAAUCAAGGACCAUUAAACUGCAAUUCUAACCUUGACACCAUCAUCGCCGCCAUCUUUGACAAGUAUCCACUCGACGCAUCUUGCUACACUCCAACGGUCAACGAAAUUACUGUAUAA